ACACUACACUGCUGUACUGUUUUGCUCUGCGUACGACUCGUAAAAUGUUCUUAGAUUCGUUGCAGAACGGUAGUAGCAAUACAAUCGGUAUAGUUUUGGCAUUAUUAAUAAUUUUAAAUAUUUUAAUGCUAAUUAAAACCUUAACAAAACAAAAUAAAAUAAAAUAAAGUUUUUAUAUUAAAUGAUAAAAAUUUAAGAAACGAAUAGAUAAAACAAAUAACAAAUAAAAAUAUGGAUUUACGUAAUUUAUGUUCAAAAGUCGAUGUGGAUUCAAUACGAGCAUUUUGCUAUUUCAGCUAAAAUUCCACCUUUACCACAAAUAAAAUUACCAAAGUCAAUGUCAAAACUCAAGUCUCGUAAAAUUUUCCGCAGUUCGCGAGAAGACGUCAACUUGGAUUCACGACGCUCUUCAAAACGGUUGCCUGCUAAUUCUGAAAAUAUACCUCCUUUAGGAUUUAUUAAUCGAACGCCCACUCGAAUAUCUACAAUAUCUUCACUAAUGAACCAAACAGGAGGUGAUAAUGUUGACUCAAAGAAAUGGAGGUCACAUAAUUAUGACGAUUAUGAAAAUUCUUAUCGCAGUGCAGGAGGUAUCGACGAUUAUCCUUCUCCGCUGAGUCAACGUUUUGAGAUGCGUUCAUCACGUCCCAUUAGCCCAAUAAAAGAGCCGCGCUUUUCACAUCAAGCCCAUGGACAAUCGGAGCAAAAUAUUAAAAUGUCAUUUGGAGAAAAGUUGCAAAAGGGUUACAAAGAUGUAACGGAAUUUAAACUGAAACAUUUAUUUGCUAAGAAAACUGUGGUACAUACAGAUAAAAUCGAAAUCACCGACUAUAUUCAGAGCUUCGAUGAGGACCGCAGAAAAUGCGAAAGGGUACAACAAAAAAGAGAUAACGACAUAGCAGAUAAUUACACAUUUCAAUUUAAGGAAUCAAAACAAAAAUCUGAAGAAUCUUACAUAGAUGAUGAUAGUUUACCAAGCUCACCUCAACAAACUAUUAUGCCUAAGAAAAACUCUAAAAAUUUGAGCGAACUUAGUGGUGAUGAAAGUGGUAUGGAUUCAUCUCCACCACCUCGAAAACCUGGCAUUGCAUCAACAAGAUUUUCUAAGGUCCGUCAUACACCUUUAAAUAUGUCUUUGGAAGAUGACUAUGACAAUGAAUUGGAUGUGGAAGAAGUGGAUGCUCCAAAAAUAGAUUCAAGUGCAACAUCUAUUCGAGAUGGUAAACAUUUAAAAUCUCCAGAAAAGUCAAAUAAUUCUCAUCAAAACUUGCGCCGAAUGACUACAAAAGCUACUAGAGAUCGUCCCCCUCCUCCUCCUUCUAGUGCUCCUCUUAACAUCUCUAUGGAAGAAUAUCUUGACGAUGAUGAAGACGAAGGCGAUGAUCACAAUGAUGACGAUUAUGGUACUGAUGACAACUAUGAUUUAAAUGUCGUCGAAGUCGGCACACCCAAAAAAAUACAACCCAAUACUAGUUCUCUUUAUGAUAUUAAAACACAAAAACCCACUGAAGAAUCUGUUGAUUCUCAACAAAACCCUCGAAAGUUUAAAAGUAUUAAGGAACGUAUGAGCCGUUUAAGUAAACAAAAAUCAGAAGGUGAUGAUACAGCAAUUUCAGAGAAAAAACGCAAAGCUCCACUAAGUCCUCAACCAUCUGAAGAAAAUGAGGCCGACUCAUCUGCUGCUGCACGAAAAUCUGAUAAACCAUUCGAUGCCAUCAAACAGAAUUUCAAACGAAUCCAAAAAUCUGUUAGGCUACCACAACAAAUGUCAACACGUUCAGGAGCAGAAUCGGAAAAUGAAGAGGCUACUUCGGAUAAUAAGACGAAAAUAUCAAAAAGCCAACAAUUUACAGAACGCCUUAAACGAUUCCGUUCCAUCGACAACGUUAAUAAGAAUUCAGAAGACAAUGAAAAUAGCGAGUCUCCGAUUCACAAAUUUACAAACAAAUUACAAGAUUGGAGAAAAAGUUUUAGGAAAAAGGACGAUUCACACAAUACCUACAAUGACGAUAUGGAUGUGACCACUUCGCCCCAGAAACAGGAGAGAAAUGUAGGGUCCUUGAUGAAAAGACUAAAACAUAUAAGAGCACGUAAACGUGACAGUAUUGAGGAUCCCGACGAUGACGAAGAGGGUGGAGACACCUAUAAGGAGAGUCUGGCGGCAAGAGCCAAGUUCCAAUUAGAAAAAGGUGUAGUUGUUGCUAGUCAAGUUCCCCAGAUAACUAUGAAAAAAAUAUCAGAAACUAAAAAGUACUUUAAGAAAAAACAUGACAAUGAAGUUAAAAACAGAACAGAGAAACCGCAAUCUGAAGAGGAGGAAUUGGAGGAUGAGCAAGAAAAAACCAUUUCCAAACCUUCAAGACCUCCCCCACCUAUUCCCCGACCAUACUUUCGUAAUAGUUCUGAGGAGGACGAUGAUGACGUUGAUAAUAAUAAAUUUAUCACAAAAUCUAUUGCCGAAUCCCAGUUGAUUGCAGUGCCAGCUGCCACAGCUGUUUGGGCUACGAAACCCAUGAUAACAGACGAUGAAGACGAUUAUGAUGAGGAAUUACCCAGAGUACUUCUACAUCAGGACAAUUCCGAUAUAUUUGAAUCCACUUUAAUUAUAGCUGUAACACGUCCUAUAUCUCGUACUGUUUCACCUAUAAUUACUGAAUUAUCACCGGAUUCGGCAGAGGAAUCGACACCAGAUACGAAACCCGACGACUGGAUACCAAAUCAAGACAUGGUAGCAACCUUUUUGGAAAUGACACCACCUUCACAUCGAAGGCUUUCUAAGGACUCAAUUCAUUCCAGAGGACAUUCCCGAAAACAUUCUAUCGACUCCAGUUCUGAAGACUCUUGGAUAAAAGAUAUACCUAAAGGUCCAUCAACUGCUUAUCUAAACAGUGUAGACGAAAACGAAGAACCCUGGAAGAUUCAAAAAACAAACAACGAAGAUAAUCUCUAUAAAACUAAGAGCAUUGACUUGUUUGAAAUGCAAAAGAAACAUGGAGGAGUUUUAACCGCCUUUGAAGAUUUUGAUGAUGAACUCAAAAAUACUCCUGUUGUUAGAAUAGAAAAAGAAAGUUCAUCUGUCAUUGGAAUAGGCAGCGACAAUACUCCUGUCGAAGGAAAGAUUAUUAAUAUUGCUGCAGUAGAAAAUGAAAAUGUUCCUGCUGUUAAAAUACAAAUGAAAACUGUUAAUGUUGAAAAAGUUGAAAACGAAAAUACUCCGACAAUUAAAAUAGAAACCGAAAGUAGUAAUGUCCUUAAAGUUAAAAACGAAAAUAUUUCCUCAAUAGUAGAUUUGGAAGACGAAAAAUCUAAAGAUUUAGAAAUUCCUCGAAAUGUAGAUUAUUACGAGCGUGAAAGUAGCGAAGAAUUAGAAAUACCUGACGAUGACAAUUCAUCCAGAGUUACGAAAAUAUCUUCACACCGUCGAGAACCAAGAACAGAGGAAUUACAAAAUCUUGAUAAUGACAAUUCAUCUGUUGUGUCGAAAGAAAUUGUAAAUUCCACAGAACCUAAAAGAGUGGAAUUAAAAAAUACGGAAAAUGGUAAUUCAUCCGACGUUAAAAAUGACAGUAAAGUUCAUAGAGAGAAAAUACAAAAUACUAAUGAAACCAAUAAAACAGUGCUUAGUGAAGUGUCUAAAUGUAAGGAUUUAGGAAACCAUCACGUCGACAAUUCAUCUAGACUUCAAGACAACAAAACUCCCAAAGCAGAAACUAAAUUAAAGUUACAACAUUUUGGAAACAGCCAGGAAAGCCUAACAGGACAUUUAGAUGAAAAUAAACUUUUCGAUAGCGGCGAAGAAGAGGACAACGAAGAAAGUGAUGAUGAUCAUCAAUUCAAAGAUGUUGAUAGUCCACCCUCAAAAUCUCCAUCUCCACCGCCAACAAUAUCAACAACACCACCGCCAUUACCACAAAGAAAACCACCAAUAAGUUUAUUAACUUCUCAGCCUUCUAUUGAUCUUACAUCGCUGCCGCCGCCAAUAUUGCAACCAACAAAACCACCUGUACCACCCAAAAGAAUCAAUCCAACUGCACCACCACCAAAAAUACCAGAUCGUAUUUCUUCAACAACACGAGUUUCUAGACCUUUAGUCAAAACUGCUUCAUUACGUCUUGCCUACAGUGAACAAGUAAAUCCUCAAGAUAUAGGCAAAGUCAACAAACUUAUUUCACGUUUCGAGCCUGAAGGUAACAAACAAAGACCAAAAAUUAUACCUCGUAAACCAUUGAUAACCUACGAAUCGGACGACUACAGCGAUGAAGAAGACUUAAUACAAUUAUUACCAUUAAAACCAAAGGAUAAAUUUAGAGAUACGACACCAACCAAUCCGACGAGAAUUCAAAAAUCAUUAUCCAUUGAUUCCACGGAUAUUCCAAACAACAAUGUCAAGCCCAUAUCAAAGCCCGAAAUUCACACAUCACUUUCGAGAAAGGCCAUUUCACAAAUUUCACUCGAUAACAGUGAAAUUAUUUCGCCUAUACCAAGCAUAUCAAUCUCUUCGAGUUGUCUGGAUGUUAAUUCGAAUUUCAGUCAACCGAGUUCCGUAUAUGGUUCACCUCUAGCAUUUCCAUCCAGUCUAGUGGGAUCGACAGAAGUCACGCCAUUAACUAAUCGAAAAGAUUCUGAACAUCUCGCGAUGCGUCGUAGUCGCCGCAGCUUGGCUCGUGACGAUGACCAUUUCUACUCUUUUGACAGUGAUGAAGAAAACAGUUACUAUUCGAUAAGUUCAACUGGAAGUAAUCGUUAUGUGGUAGACUUGUAAAAUUAAAAGGAAAGUGAAAUAGUAAAACAAAUUAACAUAUUUAAUGAUUUCCAAUCAGAUAAUGCUAUAAAAUAAAAUAAUAAAAUGUA